ACUCUUUGCUCAAUAAUCAAAUCCAUUAUCACAACUCAUUCUUUGCUUUUAACCUUAAAGAACUGCCAACAGCAAAGCCACCAUUUGCACCCAACUAAUCCUCUUUCCCUUUUUUUAUCAAGCAAACUACAUUGUGCUAAAUGUUCUAUAUCUUAUAUUAGUAGUUCCUUCUGCAAAUACUUUAUUCCUGUAAGGUAAGAGUCACAAUGAGCUUGACAAGAUUGAUUCUUGUAUUUACCUUUCUUCUCCAUCUUCAUUUCGCCUUGGGGUCUGACCCGGAUCCUGUCCGCGACUUCUGCAUACUUAAAUCAGAUUCAGCAGCUCAUGUUUCUUGCAAGAACUCAUCAGCUGCAACAGUAGAAGAUUUCAUAUUUUCUGGGAUACAAUUGCCUAAAGAAUUUGAUGAAACAGGACUAUCUUCUAUUCCAGUGAAUGUGAAUGUCUUUCCAGGAUUAAACACAUUAGGCCUGUCACUUGUUCGUGCUGAUUUCGAAGUUGGUGGUGUCAAUGUGCCUCAUUUCCAUCCAAGAGCAACUGAAGUUGCAGUUGUUUUAGAAGGGAAAUUAUAUUCAGGGUUCAUUGAUACACAGAACAGAAUUUUUGCUAAGGUGAUUGAGAAAGGCGAAGUAAUGGUUUUUCCGCGAGGUCUAGUGCAUUUCCAGAUGAAUGUGGGAGAUAAACCUGCAACUAUUCUGGGAAGUUUUAACAGUGAAAAUCCUGGUCUGCAAAGAAUCCCAAAUGCUGUGUUUGGAUCAGGUAUUAAAGAUGAGCUUUUGGAGAGGGCUUUUGGAUUGAAAGGUAAAGAGAUUGCCAAGUUGAGAAAAAAAUUUGCUCCACAUGAGUAGUUGAGCUAAAAUGAAUAAAGGGUAUCUGUCAAUUUAUGGAUAUAUACCAUGUGAGUUGAUAUUUAAACCUUGCAUUGUAUAUUUAAUUGCAAAUAUUUAUAAAUCAAGUUCAUUUUUUUAGAA